AUGCCGAAGAAGUCGACGAAAUCGAAGUCGAAGCGGACGACGCUGAAGCAGAAGUAUAAGGUGAUUCGUAAGGUGAAGGAACAUCACAAGAAGAAGCGGAAGGAGGAGAAUCGGUUGAAGAGGCUUGGGAUUAAGAAGAAGGGACCGAAGGACCCGGGCAUUCCGUCGACGCUGCCGUUUCGAGAUGAGCUGAUGAAGGAGAUCGAGUACGAGCACGAGAAGAAAGAGAAGAAGGAGACGGAGCGCUUGGAGGCGAAGAAGCAGCGACGGGCGGAGAACAAGCGGAUCGUGAAGGAGAUGAUUGAUAACGGACAGCCGGCGCCGUCGUUGGAACAGUUGCGAGCGCUCGCGGAUCGAAAGGAGCAAAACUACGAGGAGAAAAAGGAGGCGAAGAUUGCGGAGGAGCUCGAGCGCGAAGAUUACGAUCAGGAUUCCAGUCGCCGGGCGUACUAUAAGGAAUUUGUCAAGGUUGUGGAGCUAUCAGACGUGGUUAUUCAGGUUUUGGACGCUCGGGAUCCGCUUGCGUGUCGCUCGCCCGAAGUCGAACGCUUCGUGCGACGUAUGAACCCUGAUAAGCGCAUGAUUCUCUUGUUGAACAAGAUCGAUCUCGUGCCGAAGGAGAAUGUGAUGGCGUGGUUGAAGUACUUCCGUGAGGAGCUGCCCGCGGUGGCGUUCAAGUGCGCCACUUCUGGGAGCGGAAACAAGCUGGGCGCUCGUAAUGCCAACUUCAAAUCCUCCGGAAACGCUCUCGGUGGUGCGGAUUCGCUCGGUGCUGAGACGUUAUUGGAGAUGCUGAAGAACUACGCGCGAAAUAAGAACAUGAAGACGGCCAUCACGGUCGGUAUUGUUGGGUUUCCUAACGUUGGUAAAUCAAGUCUCAUCAACUCGCUCAAGCGCAGUCGUACUGCGGCGGCGGUCGGAAACACUCCGGGCAUGACGAAGGUAUUGAAGGAGAUCAAGCUCGACAAGAACGUUAAGUUGAUUGACUCACCGGGUGUCGUUUUUGCGAGUGAGCUCGGUGAAUCUGCGGGUGCAGCGGCGUUGCGCAACUGCGUCAAGGUGGAGCGGAUCGAGGAUCCGAUAGCGCCGGUGCACGAGAUCACCCGCCGAUGCCCGCCAGAGCAACUUAUGGUCAUGUACAAAACCGGAAGAUUCUCCGACGUGGACGACUUUUUACGACAAGUGGCGCGAUUACAAGGAAAGCUCAAGAAGGGCGGUAUUCCUGAUUUGAAGGCAGCGGCGCGUGUGGUGCUCACUGAUUGGAACAACGGUCGCAUCCCUUACUUUACCUCUCCGCCGGCGCGAGAGGAGCACAAGGAGCACGCCGCUGCUGAGAUUGUUGGGGGCUGGAGCGAAGAAUUUGAUGCGGACAAGGUGUUUGCCGCGGAGCAGUCUACGGUCAUUGCCGGCUUGCCCGAAGAGGGCGCAGACGACGUUGACUUCAUGGCUGUGCAAACGCUCGGGAACGGGAUUAUCGAAGCGCACGAUCUUAGUGAAGAAGAGGAGGAUGACGACGAAGAUGACGAUGACACGAUGGAGGGCGUCGAGCCGGUGAAACUCAAGCGUGAGCGAGACGAUUCGCAAGCGGGUCGCACGCAACGCGCUCUCGCCGCGGCAGAAGCUGCCGCCGCAGCACGACAGUCUUCGGCGAGGCAGAAAGUGCUUUACGGAAACGAAGGACAAUACAACCCCAAUGCCGCGCGAGCCUCGAAGAAACGUGCGCGACGUGAGGCGAAGGCGAAGGAAGAAGCGGCCGAAGACGACUCCGGGUCGGAUUUCGAUUGGGAGAGCUGA